AAGUGUUCGCAUCGGGCAACGUUCCGCGCGCACUCACACAAAUACGUGGUGUUCAAGUCAUCUCUUGGCGCGGGAGCGGGUUGGUCUCGGACUAUCGUGAAUUUUUCGAAACUUGGGAAUCGGAAUCGCCGUGAACGUGAAUGUUUGUCGUGGUCGUGUUCUGUGUGAUCGGGAAAACGUUUUCUGUGUGUAAAUUAGGGAAAAUCGUGAGCAAACUGUCGCCCUAGACCAGUGGACGCAUUUUCCAGGGCAUCGAGGAUCGCUCGCGUGAAAAUUCGUUGCGAAUUGGUCGUUUCGAAGGGAACCCGCGAGGGUGGAACAAUGGCAUCGUUGCCGUCAAAGUGAAGUGCGAAGAAGUGAAACCAGGAAGCCUACGGCCAACAGCAGGGGAAAAUACAGUUUCACGGCACAGUGGAGCGCCUGCCGCGAGCGGUUCGUCCUAGAUUGUGUCCCGAGAGCGGUUAGUGAGUGAUUGGUGCGGUGCAAGAUUGCGGCUGAAGUGGAAAUUGUACGCGAGCGGUGUAAGCAGGUCCCUAGGUCCUGCGGACAGCCCAGAACCCCGUUGAGUCGGGCUAGGCGCGAGCUGGGCCCAGGUUGUAGUCGCCCAUCCGGGAUCCGAAGGCUGGCAUGUGUGCGCCCCAGUGAGUUCGUUUCGCGCCCCCACGUGUACACGUCCUCGCCCGGUGCGGCCCGCAGGAACCGCGUGACUGUUCGGUGUUCCGGAACGCAGGAACUGUCCUUAAAGUCCUUUCAGAACUAGCGGAUUUUGCUGAGCCCUUAGAGCCCAUUGGUUGCCUCGAGAAAGUAUCUGAAGCCUGCUGUGUCCCGGACAGGAGUUUGCUGGGCAAAGUCGAGAUUGCUCCAGGAAAAGCAAAGACUAGGUGAGAACCAAAGCCCCAGAUAGCGCCAGGCCAGGCGGUAAGCAGCCGUUUGAGUGCCUUCCGCACGCUACAAAGCGUCCCCAACUCGCCCGUCUAGAUCACGCCAAGAGAACAGGACCUGAAAUUGCACAUUUGCAUGGAACUAGCGUGAAAAUCCCCCGAGGAAAUCGCCACGAGAGAAAAACAGUCGUGAGGAAGGCUGCAGGCAGGCGAGCGAGCAGCUGCCUUGCAAAGGGCGAGAAUUCGUCAUGUGGGAAACGGAACAGCGGAACGGGCGCGGGCAUGGGCUCGCCGUCAGCAGGCAGCGGCAGUGACAGUAGUGCGAUACAGGCAAAAAGUGAAUUGUGUGUUGGUGUGCGUGCGUGAAGUUGAAGUUGUCAUUCCGGGCUUUUUGUUGGGGCCGUUCCGUCCAAAAAGAAAAAUGAGCGAAGAGUAGAGGAGGAGGAGAAGGAAGGAAGAAAAUUGAUCAAGUAGAAAAGUUUUCGCAAGUGAAAAAUCGAUUCCGGGGAGGGCGAAAGGAAAUGAAGCCGAAACGAUGAUGAUGUAGCGGAAAUUGCUGGCUGAGCGACUGCCGUUUUGGAUUUAUUGUGUAGCGGAGCGAGGCGUUCCUCGUGAAAAAUAUGUUACUCAAGGCGCGUCGAACUAAGCUCACUCAGGACUACAUCACAAUGAGAUGGGUCGGACCUUCCUUUAAUUUCAUCAGAAUUUCACGUGCUACAACGUCAGAUGCAUAACAUUUGAAACAGAGACAAUCUAACCGACACAACCUUCUCUCGUUCGACUGCAAACCUCAAUUUUCUGUACGUUCGAAACAGAAGCCAAUUCCUGCCCAGGCCACGCCGAGUUGUUUCUUUGUUUUGUUUUUAUGCUUAAAGUAGAGUCGUGGAGCUUUUUAAAUGAAACGGGAGAAGUAAAUUGCAUCACAGUUGAAGAAUAUGUAUCCCAAUAUAGUUUUAACAAGUGUAUUUUAAAAUCACGUAAUUUUUUAACCCUUAACGAAGAAGUUCAAUCUGCCUCUCCUUUAAUAAUAACUUCAAUGGAGUUGUGAAAGUAAAAUAGAAGUAAAAAUGUUUCUGGUUUAAGUGAAAGUGUUCUAUAGGAAAAUAGAGAAAUUUCAAAUAUAUUAGAUAUAGUUGUAAAAAGGGAAUGAUCUAAUAAAAUCUAAUAAUCUAAUAUUUAAAAAUAAUAAGUGUAGAAAAAAAAUCAUGAAGUGCUUUUAUAAUAUGAUCACGUCGGAAUGAGAUGGAAGCAGCCGCCGUACGUCCAUCAGUGCAGGUGGGUGGUCCGCCGCCCGGUCAGAGGGCGUCUGACCCUGGGCCACCGACGCAGCAAUCACAGCCCCCACCACCCACACUUGCUUAUCAGCAACGGAUAUCAUCAGGAGCCUCACCGAUUCACAGGCCAGUGGACACUCCUCAACCCUACACAAAAGGUGGCAUCGGACCGCCACCAUCCCAACAGCCUACAUCUCGAUCAGCGGCUAGUCCGUUAUCACCUCCACGACCUGGCGGAGCAGUCAAUCACACUGCCUAUCCACGUUUCAGCGAUGUCACAGCCACCUCAUUGCGAUAUGUUCCGCAAACACAAUACGGUGUUGGGCAAGUGCAAACAUUUCGAGAGAAUCCCUACGCUCGAAUCUCUCAGGUACCUGCCUCAAUUCAAGAAUACCAUCGACCGGCCGGUGGUCAACCGAUUGUUACGGGAAACAGUAACAUGUCUUUGGUAUCAGUUGGAUCCACCAGUACGAUGGAGGCCAGUGCUCAGGGACAUUCUUCGGGGCGGCAGCGAAUGUCGCUCAUUUCAGCACCUCAGCAUGCGACCGAAUAUAUGUCGAACACGAGGCCACCGCCACAAGCUCCACCCGAUCCAGGGGGACAGCCUUUCAAGAAAAUUCGUUUAGGAGAAACCAAUCACUCGCCUGCCCAGCAAUUGAAAGUUGAUACUCGGGAACAUCGGCCCGCGACGACAGAAGCAUACCAUCCGCAAGUAGAGGCGAUCUCGCCAACGCUUCCAAACGACACUGUCGAGGAGCGGCGUACGACGAAAGAUGAUCUGCUUAUGCAGAUCAAUAAAGUAGAUAAUGAGAUAACGAAAGCGGAGAACGCGAAGGCAAUACUUAAGAACAAAGAGAAAGCGUUGGAAGAGGCGUCCGCUAAGCCCUCAAAGGAACCCGAGCCAUCGGAGGCGCCUAUACGGCAUCGUAGCUUGGCCCAGAAGAUCUAUGCGGAGAAUCGGAAACGGGCUGCCGAAGAGCACGCUGUUCUUAACCAUUUAGGACCUCAGCACGAACUUCCGCUGUACAACCAACCUUCAGACGUGGAGAUCUGCCAAGAGAUAAUCCAACGUCAUCAAUCGAUCAAAUCUCGCCUCAUAUUGCAUCUGCGUCGCUUGAAAUCAGAGAAGGCAGCUAAGAAUGCGGCGUUGGUGGAAAAGUACUCUCAGCUUUCGCAGGAGUGGCUCAAGCGUGUGGAAAAGAUCGAAUCGAGUGCGAAGCGGAAAGCGAAAGAAGCGAAAAAUCGUGAAUUCUUCGAGAAGGUAUUCACGGAAUUACGAAAACAACGAGAGGACAAGGAGAGAUUCAACCGUGUGGGAUCCAGAAUAAAAUCGGAAGCCGAUCUGGAGGAGAUAAUGGAUGGGUUGCAAGAGCAGGCAAUGGAAGAUAAGAAGAUGCGUUCAUACGCUGUGAUACCACCCCUAAUGUAUGACGCACGUCAGCGUCGUAAUUACUAUUCAAACGAGAACGGCUUUUUGCCGGACAUGGUGGCAAACUACAAGGAGAGUCAAAAUAUUAACGUAUGGACGGCAGGCGAGAAGGAAAUAUUCAAGGAGAAGUUCCUUCAGCAUCCAAAAAAUUUUGGUGCAAUUGCGGCGAGUUUAGAUCGUAAAUCUGCCCAAGACUGCGUACGGUAUUACUACCUCAGCAAGAAGACGGAAAACUACAAACAGUUGCUGCGAAAGUCGCGUCAACGAACCCGUAGCUCCCGAAAUCCGCAAAAGGCGCAACAGGCACAAGCGCAGUGUAUCGUGGACUCACUGACGACGGGCGUGACCACCCGUCUGCAGCGUGAGCAACAACAAAAGACUGGCGGUCGCGAUCGCGCCGCACACUCAACGGCGGUGUCGACAGUUUCUGGAGCCGCGGGAGCGACUGCAGGCAGUAGCACGGCGUCGACAACGACGGGGGGAGUGGGGGUUGCUGCGACAAGCGGGCUAGCUUCAGCUGUCGCGUCUACGAGUUCAUCUUCAUCAACUGUACAAUCCCCCACAACGGCUGGCUCCACUGUGAACAGUGGGAGCGCAACCGUUACGACCGUGGCUUCAACCGCGGUUUCAGGAACUACAACGACAACCGCCGCGACCACGACGACGGCAAUUAAGAAUGAGGAAGAAGGUGCCUCGGCGUCGAGUGGGUUAAAUGAAACUUCCUCGCAGUCUAUGAAUGGCCCGAACAGCGGGGCUAGCACAGACACGAACAAAGAGCAGCUAACAUCAUCUACAAACUCAAGUGAAAAUGUGCUGAAUUCGGAACAACAACCAGCAAGUAGCGAGGGCGCAUUUAUAGCAGUCAGUAAAGAUAGCAUGAACACACCAUCCGGCACUAGCACCACUGGCAGCAGCAACGGUAACAGUAAUUGCAACGCGGUGCUGAACUCGGGUACACCGAGUGCGACUGAGACAUCAUCGGCGACAGCAACCUCCGGGAAUGCGAAUUCGCUGGGCGCCACGACGGCCACUGUGCCCACUUUCAACGGUUUGAAGACCGAACUUGUGAUAACGAACGUAGUAAAUUUGAAUGAUGGCAAAUCGCUGUGCAAUGACAAAGAGAGGAAGUCGCCAGCCGUCGGGGUUACAGCCAGUGGCGGCGACGACAAGAGUAAUCUGAAUAAUGGCGGCAGGACUCGUCCCAGGAGUGCAGACAGUUGCGAUGCAAGUGAGCCGAAGAAGACUCGUCUGGAUUCAGAUUCAUCGUCGAACCAAACGUCGCUACUGCCGAAUAAUGAGAAGACGCCCGAAGCGAAUGCAGCAGAUAGUAAAGAUAAAUUUCAUCCUUGCUUUGUAUGCAAAACGGAAUCUUGUCCACGCACGCGUCCACUGAAGAAAGGCCGAGGACAGCAAUAUGGAAUAUCUGAUGAUACAAUUCCAGCCGGAGCUAGAGUGUGUAAUUCGUGUCAAUGUAAAUCGGUUCGAAAUCGCUACCCGAACUGCCCGUUGCCUACAUGCCCAAAUUCGAAGGAUCGCGCGAAAAAUAAUAUUCCAUCGCGAUUAUACGAAUUGGCACCAGAGAUUCGCGAUGCAAUUCUACAAGAAUUUCAAAUACCUCCAAAUGCGACAAAGUGUUGUUCGGCGUGUUUGAUGCGAAUACGACGGAAAUUAGAUCCUCACUCGACACUGACGGAUGAUGAGAGACGAACAAUGCUCACGGAUGGCGAUGAAUCAGACUUAAGUACAUCUUCAUGUGAUGAAAGGGACGCAGCAAGUAGCGAUACAGCAUCAGCUGAAAGUCCAAAUAAUCCAUUGAGACCGAGUAUAUCACAAAAAGAUGAUAGUCAAACAUCGGAUCCAACGAUUGUGCCGCUUAGUAGAAAAGCAUCCUCUUUUGAGGAUGAUCGACUACUUCCACCACUUGGACAAGCUCCGCGAAAACAAAAGACAGCAGAAGAGUAUGAUAGCUCUGCGACGGAGACUGCCGAUGAGGAGAAUGAGAACUCACCAGCAAAUAGACAAAGUCCGAAGUCUAUGUUGCAUGUUAAUCAGGGAGGGGUAGCAGCAAUGGUACCACCAUCUAACUUACAAAAUGGUCCACAACGAGAUCAGCCAAACGACCAGCAGACCAAUGUCCAAGAGAUAGUGUACAAUGUAAUCGAAUUCCAUGUUAAGACGAAACCCAAGCAACCAAUUUUGAAUGAUUCGCGAGAUGUAGCAUUUGUUCGAGAAUAUAGGAAUGAUAACGUAUCCAAGCCAGCAACGACAUCGGCAUCAUUGCCGGCUUCUAUGCAGUCUGUUGCGCAAGUUGCACAGCAAAUACCUCAAACUCGUCAGCUCCAGCUGCAACCCCAAUCCCAAUCUGGUCCAGCAGAAAGCCUAGCGACUCUUUCUGUAGUGAAUUCUCAAUCACAUAUGCCGCAACAAAUAAUAAGUCACCCGCAUGGACUAACCGCUACAAUCACACCCGUCAAACCGCCCAUGCAACAAUCGCAAGCACCACCGCCACCCUCACAAAUUCAGCAACAAAGUGGAGUUAUUGCUCAUGAAAUUGCGAAGGACGACAUAAUUUAUGGCAGUCGAAAUGAGCCAGAACCACAAACGCUGGAUCUUAGCAUCAAGAAAUCAUCAACCCGCGACAAUAUUUCGGUUCAUACGCCUGUUUCGCAUGCUAAGGUACAACAGCAACAACAGCACAGUGGUUCGAUGCCGAUGUAUCGUAAUGAAUUGGCGAAUAAUUCUGCGUAUUUAGCGUACCACCAAGUUGAUAUGAAUCGGCCGACCAAGCCUCGUUCAAUUUACGUAUCUCAAGUACCUGCACCUGCUCCACCUCUGCAACCAAACAUUGGUAUCCAACAUCAACAGUCGCAAAUGCAAGUGAAACAAAAAGUAACGCCUAAGUUGAGUCCGAAAAUUCAUCAACAGUCGCCAAGUCCCAGUCAAAUGAUGAGUGCAGGUCCGAAAGGAUCCAUAACUCAUGGAACACCUGUGAAUUCGCAACAGCAGCAAAUGUUAAUUCAAAGUGCUACUGCGUUGAGUCCAAGAUAUGAGAAUCUGCCCAGGCAGACUCCUCCCGGGCCAGAUGGUAAUAAGCUGGGAUCAAUUACCCAGGGCACUCCCGUUCAUCACAUUCACGAUAAGCAACGAGUUUAUUUCGAAUAUAAGGCCAAUCGGCAAAGCCCAGCACAACAGGGUCCACCUCCACCACAGGCGCAACCACAACCACCACCUCAACCGCCUCAAUCUAGUCCUCAAACACAAAGUUUCAUGAGCUCUCCAUACGGGCGUUCAUACGCUUUGGAGCAAACGCAACAAUUGAGCUCGCGCCAGAUUGUCAUGCACGAUUACAUAACAUCGCAGCAAAUGCAUGGUCAACAUUGUCGUCAAGGCCGAAAUGAUAAAGAAUCUCAAUCGCCACGCACGAUGAUGUAUUUCACAGAAAAGGACCGCGCCAGAUCGGAAUUCCUGAGUAGAACUUCACCGGCGGAGCAUAUAAAUAGUACAUCGAGUCCUCAUAGAACUCCACCACCGCCUCAGAGACAAGGUGUCAUACAGAGACAUAACACGGGAGGAUCAAAGCCGCCUUCUCCUUCCCCCAACCGCCACCCAAUUAUGCAGCACUAUCCUUCAGCAGGUCACGAAGCAUUUUCGUCAUUUGUUGAGGUCGCUGUACAACAACCACAACUGCCUGUCCCUAAGACGGACGAUAAACGAGCUGUUCUUAUGCCAGUUGGUGAGCAUCAGGGUCCAUCUCCUCACUACGACAUGCGAUACCAAAUGACUCCAGAACAACAAAUGCAUCACUUGCGACAACAACAACAGGCUGCAGCAGCCGCUGAUAUGCAACGACGAAUUUAUGCCCAGCAAGAGCGUGAUCAUCGUGAACGCCAGGAGCGUGAAAAUGCUGAACGUCAAAAUCAAGAGCGGUUACAGGCCGAACGAGAUCGCAUUGAACGUGAGCGUGAAAGAGAGAUGGAACGCGAACGGGAUCGGGAUCGUGAACGUCUCCGUAUGGAAGAACGUGAGCGUGAAGAAAGGAAAAGGGAGUCGGCAAGAGGAAUGCCUACCAGUGUCAUGGGAGCGUAUAUGCGUAAUAUGCCUCCAGCUGUUAAUCGAAUGCCUGAGAAGGAAAGAGAAGCUAUUCGCAGGACCCAGCCUGGUCUUCAACCAUUUGAAAUAAGUUCUUCGACGAUUAUCGAUGCAAUUAUUCAGAGUUCAAUAAAGGGCACUUCAGAGCCACCGUCGCGACGAGAUCCAUCAGGACGAUCAUAUUAUGGUGCUCGUGACCAACCUCAUUCAAGUUCAAUCUCCGUAUCGGAAAACAACGGAAAAUCGAGUUCACCGAAUGUAAUAAACGUAGAGUUAGAUGGUGAUCGAGGCAGAAAGCAGGAGGUAGGAACGAUAACCUUAGGGGAAUUAACGGACUCUAUAAUUGCCAAGGACUUUGGGCCGAAUCCUACUCUAUCGCGAGGUGGACCCUACAUGAUGCCAACUAUGCAAGAACCUAUUGUAACGACGGAUCAAUGGCAUAGACGGAGAAUGCAACAGAAAGAAGCGGAACAAGCUGCAGCUGAACGCAACAAAUCAGCAUCACAUGGUCGUUCCGGAACGCCUGACGAACGGCAAAUAAUACGAAUGGCGCAGCCUCAGAGUCCUCGCAACAAAUUUUCGAUUAUGCCCCAGUCACAUUACUAUUCAACCGUACAUGGAGCUCCACCACCUCCUGUUGCGAGUAGUUCACCAAUAGAUCGACGCAUGGGAGGGGGAGCACCGUCGCAUCAAGUUGCAUUCGACUGUUAUGUUAAAAACCGGAUCGUAGAAGCGAUGCGAACUGAAGAUGACCGCAGGCCAUCAGAUGACGGCCAUAUGCAGGGCCACCAUGACCAACAGGAUGGCCUCCGUCAGGUUGGUGGAUAUGCAAGGGAAAUGGACGGGAGACCGAAUAGUGGUAGUGGCAUGGGUGGAAAUUCUACACCAGUUAACUAUGAAGAUGAUCGCCGGAGUAUGAGCAAUAGCAGUAGCGGCAUGCCAAUGACCCCGAAUAAUGACUCCUCCCACGGUCCGUUACAGUGUCCUCCACAUCAGGGACAACAAUCUGCACCGGUAACCACGUUCGCCUCGACGACUUGCGCUUAUCCGUACAACAUUCUGAAUGUGUCCGGGCCGCCACCUCCAUCCUCGAAAAAAGUGGAUAGUGGUGUGCCACCACCACCACCACAACAGGCGAUAGCCGAACCGAAACCAUUGCUGGUUCCUCACUAUGAAGCUCUAAGUGAUGAAGACUAGUUGCCGAUGAUGUUGGCGAUGGGAUUAGUUCUAAAGGAUUGGAACAUCGACAGCAGGGAUGGCGACAUUGCGAGAACGACAGUUAGUAGGCGGGAAUCAAACAUGAGGGUGAAAUUAACGAUAACGACAAUGGUUAUUGGUGGCAGUGAUUUUGGCUGUGGAAUACGGGCUAUAGCUUGUUUCAUAACGUUGCUUGAUGAAAUAGUAGAAAUGUGGAAGGGGAAUGGAGUAGGUGAAAAAGAAAUGGAAAAAGAAAAAAAGGAGUGUAUGGUUUGCUUCCUUUCUCGUGGCUUUGUUUCUCUGCAUAUUUUAGCAAGCGAUACUGACUGGAUGAGGUUGGCUGGCGGGUGGAUCGGCCGAAGUUAUUCAUCAUUUGACUUUAUUCGGGCAUUUUUAUUCCAAUGGAUUUUCGGGUUAAUUUUCCUCUGUAUGUCUCCCUACACUGUUUUGUGUAGGUGGAAGGCUUAUUUUUCGAAGCGUAGUACUUCACCUAUCGUUGUUCGGCUUAAGUUCAAAGCGAUUUCUUGACAUGAUAAUUGUUGGUGUGCUUGAAAAUAUGUUUGGCCACGCACUCCAAUUCUCGAAACUUUUUUUUCAUAUCGGAGACAGGCACAUCACUUGACGACACUCGCCGAUGGUUUACAUUUUGUCACCCCCAGUCAGCGGAAAGCUCUACUAGGCAGGCUAUACGCGCUUCAAUUAGAUCUCACUGCAACCUACUACGCACGGUUAUGUGCAGAGACAGUCAACCACCCGCAGUUGUUCGGUGCGCUAUGUCAUCAUACAAAGAAGGCAAGAACCCGUGCUAAUUAGAACUUUUUCCGUUCCUUUUUCGAGAAUAAAUAAUUUUUAGUUUUAAGACUUGCAUUAAAUUGUUUGCGCAGAAGCUAGAAAUAUUACGUUAAACACAUAGGAAACAAACGGAAUGUACGCAUACAUAGAUAACAGAAUAAGAACUAAUGUUUAUUUCGCCAAGUUUGGAUCAUCUUGAUUUGUAUUCACACUGUCGUUUUAUCUAACUAAUUUUCGUCUAGGAACUGUUUCUUUUUUUAAUUGAGUACGUUUAAGUUGACUACGAUUAAGUCAAAGAUAAGUGAGUGCGAAAGAGCGCGCGAGUCGGUUCGGGACGUGUAAGGUGUAUCGUUGAACGUUGUCUAGAUUUGAAAUUGUAAAAUAUCAGUUGUGAGGAGAAAAGAUGAACAGCUAACUUUCGAAUAGUUUUUCUAUUGCACUUUGCAUUUCGUUCUACAUUUUAAGGUGUACAUUUUUAAUUAUUUCCCCUAAUUUACUUAAGUACUGUCUGAAGCGAGACGAGAGGAGUAUGAUUAUUGAAACUGUUAUAUAUAAAUAAAAAUAUAAUAAAAAGUAUAUAUAAAUAUAUAAAUAUGAACAUAAAGAUAUGCUACAUCUUAGAUACUUGUAAUAUUGAGAAUAAGAAAAAUAGUGAAAAGCGCGAAAAAAAAUUUAAAAACUAGGAAAAAUAAACAAAAAAUAUAAGCAUUAACUAUACUUAUAAUCAUAUACACAGAGAAGGAAAUUUUUAGUUUUUUAAGGAAAUAUUUCAUUAUAAAGAAUAAAUAAUUAGCAAAAGAAAAAGAACACUGAAGAAAGUGGAAAUAAACAAUGUAAAAUUCUGAUUUCGUAUCUUUAGGGCUUUGUGUAAGUAAAAAAGGAAAAAAUAGUUACAAACAAAAAGGUCUACAUUUUAUUUUUAGUGAUCAUCUCUUCACUAUUUCGUCGAUGUGUAAGUUUGAAUGUAUUUUCGUUGUAUCUGUCUCUUGUUUUCCCACUUAUCAUUUCGUUUUUUAACCGAUUUUAAUUUAGCUAAUAGAGAGUAUCGAACUAGUGAUGCAAUUGCAACAUUUUUCCUUUUGCUUUUAAUUUUUCGUUUGUAAAACCUUUUUUUAUAAAUAUGUAUACAAUUAUCUGUUUUUUACAUAAAAUACACUGAGUAAAGUGAAAGAAAAAGAAAAAGAUAUGAACACUUAGAUCGAGAAGAGUACAGAUUCAAAGGAAACAAAAAAUAUGAAUACAUAAAGAACUUAUUAAAUGAAAAAAAAACAGAAAACAUAUGCAUUAUAUAAAUGAAUUUAGUUUAGUUAAAAAUAUAAACAAAAGGAUGAUAAUGAACAAGAAGAAAGUGAUCGCGGUAAAGAAAAGUUCAGAGCAUGAGAUUGAUGAGAGACAUUUAACAAGGAAACAAAUAAAAAUAAAAUAAAUCUAAGGAUAUUUUA